GCACCUUUCUUUGAGGAUGUGUAAAUUGCAAGCGAGUUCAAAGGAUCUGUGACAUUAGUUUUUCCUUUUUCUACAAGACAGUAUCUUUGAAGUUGAAGGCAUCACUUUUCGUCUUUAAUACACCUUUUUUGUCAAUUAAAAAACACUAAAGAAGAGCUUGCUUGCAAGGCAUCCAGUAUACAGUGGCAAACUUUUCUAGUUUACUGUUCUAUCAAUGAAAAUGAAGAUAUAUAGGUAUAUAUAUAGAUAUAGAUAUGCAGAUAUAUAGCUCGUGGAAGGCUGCAAGAUAUCAUUCCCCAAGUAAAAAUGUACACUAAGGGAGAAUCUGCUCUUGGCUUAGAGGAUUUAGCCAUAUAUGCCUCCUUAGUGGGUUCUCAGAUUUCUUUUGCUGUGAUUGGUGUUCUCACGGGAAAUGAAUUGGCAAAGGGUACAAACCCCCUGACUUUUGUGGCUUAUUCCAGUGGCUUUGGGGGCUUGAUACUCGCCCCUUUUGCCUUCUUCCUUGAAAAGAAAAAGCGGCCCAAGGUGAGUUUAUCUCUGUUGGGUCAAGUGAUUGUGCUCUCCCUUGGCGGAGUGUGCGCAUUUCAAGCUUUGUUAUUGAUGGGAUUGAAGGAAACGUCUCCUUCCUUCUCUUCAGCAAUGCCCAACCUGGCACCUGCAAUUAUUUUCAUCAUGGCAUGGGCUUUUGGAAUGGAGAAAGUAAACAUGAAGUGUGCUCACAGCAGAUUCAAGAUUGUGGGUACAGUGAUUUGUGUGUGUGGAGCAAUGGCCAUGAGUUUCCUGCAUGGGCCUGCUCUAAGCCAACUCUGGCCUUCACCAGAGGCAAAGGCUCACACACAAAACAUCAUUCUUAACUUUCUACAUGAGGGGAAUUCAGACAAAACUAUUACAGGAUGUAUUUACCUCUUAACAGCUGUGACAAUCCUGUCAUCUGUUAUGAUAGUACAGGCUCAGACAUUGAAGAAGUAUCCAGCCCCACUAACCCUGACAGCAAUCACAUCACUUCUUGGCUCCAUCCAAACUGCUGUCUUGAUAAUGACUGUAGACAAGGGUGUUGAUGCAUCAUCAUGGCUUUUGGAUUGGAAUGGAGUUGUGACUGUUAUAUUUGGGGGAUUCUUUUGCAAUGCAGUAGCAUUUACUUUGCAGUUAUGGUGCAUUCAAAAAAGAGGGCCUGUAUUUGUGGCAACAUUCAACCCUGUCUCUACUGUUUGCUCUGCUAUUUUGUCAUCCUUCUUUCUAGGUGAAACCUUGCAUAUAGGAAGUUUAUUAGGUGUGCUGCUAAUAUUUGGGGGUCUGUACUUGGUUCUAUGGGGCAAAAGCAAAGAUGUCCAUGAAAAAGAGCAGUUGAACAGUUGUGAGCAAGUAUCAAUAGAUGUACAAAGACCAUUACUACAUUGAUAUUCAGAAAAUGGUACAACCCAAGGUAUUUAUUGUUCAGGAGCUUUCAAACUACCAUGCACUCACUGUAUAUGUAAGCCAUUUGGCAGAUGGACUGAAUAUAAAACCACUUCAUCACAGAUUCCCAUGCCAUAAAAACAGAGAUAUCCAAUGUUUUUAGAUUCCAUACACUUGUCAUUUGUUUGCAAACAUACAAACUCAGGACAUUUGUCUUAAAAGUUGGACAUCCGGCCAUACAUACAAGAAAAUGUUGACAUAAUCUUUGCAAACUAUUCACCUAAAUCCUCGUCUGUAUAUUCA